CCAAUUUCAUGUCACUGGAUCCAGUUUCACGGCGUCGUUCAGAACUUCUGCUGGCGUAUGGUUUGAUUUUGAAGAAAGGGAGAUAGGCGAGAGCCUAGAGCGACGAGACGAAGCAAAGCACAGAAUGAGUAACGAAACUCCCAAGCUCUAUGUUCACAAACCUAAGAAAGCUCAACUGAAGAAACAUCUACAACAACAACAACAACAACAAUCGCGUCCUUCUCCGUCACCGGUAUCAUCCUCAUCGUCAAUGGCUAGUCAAUCUACUACUGUGUCUUCUUCGUCUUCGAGCGUUCCUCCGGCGCCACCGAAGGAGUCAUUUGCACGCCGCUAUAGGUUCCUUUGGCCUCUUCUCCUUGCCGUCAAUUUUUCCGUGGGAGCUUACCUUUUCAUGAGAACCAAGAAGAAGGAGAACAUUGAGGAAGAGGUGGCAGCCGCCAUUUCUCCUCCUCCGUCUGCCGCUCUUGGAAAUACAUCAACAUCCGCUCCUGCUGUUAUCGAACCGGUGAAAUUACUCGAACCAAUACCAUUGGAUCAGCAGCGCGAGCUUUACAAGUGGAUGUUGGAGGAGAAAAGGAAAUUGAAGCCAAAGGAUCCCGAGGAGAAAAAGAGAAUCGAUGAAGAAAAAGCCAUUCUGAAAAAAUUCAUUCGAGCAAAAUCCAUCCCGUCUUUGUGACCAUAGGUUGGUAAUUGGUUCACGUUCAUUCUCGAAUUGUAUAUUUAGGUAGCGUUUGGAGUGCAAAUGGAACUGAACUGGAUGGGAUAUGAUUGAUAGGUUUGUCCAGAGUUUGGUAUGACUAAAACAAGACCGGAUUAAUUGUCUGUUUUGUGUUUGGUAAGCGGACAAGACAUGACGAAUUCGUUAAAAUGACUAGAUUGCCCCUGAA